AUGACGGCGGAGCUACUGGCUCGUGGGUCGAGUGCAGAUGGUAAUCCGUUCAUAACCUAUGUGCUGCCUUUAGCAGUCUCUGAUGGUCUGGUCAUGGACUCCGUUCUCGCUAUCGGAGGAGCCCACAUGGCUGUUUUGGAGCCCGAUCGGCCACAAUUAGAGGUUAUGAAACGAAGACACUAUGCCCGACUGCUGGAGGGACUCCAAAAAGCACUCUUUGCCGACACAGCAUGCCCUUUUGGCGAAAGCGACCACGACAAGAAGCUUUACAUUCUUUUACUUCUCAUCCUGCUCUGCGUUUUCGAGGGAGUUCAAGGUGAUCAUUCCGGUGCCGUUUAUCAUCACAUCCGUGCCAGUCGUCACUAUGUGAUGGACCUGGUAGCUGAAACCUACAAGCCAUCAUCAUCAAAGAGUACCGGGCACAUUCUUGGUUUUCUCUUGGAGAUAUACGCCAUGUUUGCCCUGAAGUUGUCAGUUACUCCACGAGGCUUGCAAGAGGACAACCCGGUCAUGUUGGACCCUUUCCUUGGGUCAUUGGAGUUCCUGAGUCAGUAUAGAUCUCGAGGGUUCAUGCUUGGGUUUGGACAUGGCCUUUUUGCCAUGAUACCAGAAAUUUCAAGCCUUCUCGAGAAGCGCCGCAUAGAAGAGCUGCGCAAAUCCAAAUCUGAUGAUCUUUUUGAGUCAUACAAGUCACUCUUAGAGAAAUUGGACUCAUUGGACCCAUCAUCCGAUUUCCUCGAAGGCGAAGAUGCCUGUCCUCACUACCAACAGUCAUCGGCCGUCGCUAUCUACCGUACCGCCCUAGUUCUUAUUCUCCACUCUACCUUCCACGAAGAUCUCUACAAGAAUGCGGACCUCAUUGCUGAAGUUGAGCUUCGGAUAGACAAGAUACUGCCUCUCUGCUGGGCUGUCUACGCCAGCAAGUCACCGCUGCGGAGAAUGAUGCUAUGGCCAGGGUCGAUCUUGGCAUCCUGUUGCAGGAAACCAGAGCACGUCCAUGCUUUCCGACUGGGGCUGAAUUCAAAUCCACGAUCGCCGGGUGGUGUCAGACAAGCGGCCAAGGCCGUUGAAAUAUUAUGGAAAGAUGAUGAUCCCAGAGCGUAUGGGCCUCGGGGGUUAAACAUGGUGAUGAAGAAGCACGGUCUUAGUUUUAGUAUGUGUUGA